UGGCGGCCAACACCAGAAAGAGAAAGAGAACAACAGCUUCAAAGAAGCGUUCCUGCCGCCAAAAAGUAGAAGAAACUUUCCCUCACAAUUUAGAGAAGGAUGAAGAAAGCAUUGAGAGUUCCAUGAAUUCUAUUCCUCCUACCGAAACUUAUGUAGAAUUGAGCACUUGUGAUGAAAAUAAUUAUAAAAGCAACGACGAUGACGACGACGAUGAUGAUGAUGAUUUAUCUGCUUCUCAUCUCAAAGAUGAUCAGGAUCACUUCUUCUCUAUUCAUUACGAGAGGCUAUUAACUGAAUCUGAUGUAGACAACUUAAAAGAUUUAUUUUCAAAAGCACUGACAUUGAAUAAAGAGUACAAAGACAUUGGUCUCAUUCAAUGGUUGAGAACACCUUCUAAUAACAAGGACACUAUAUGGAGAGAUGAUUCCAGUCAAGUUCAACUAAAGGAUCUUCAUGUUAGGGAGCCUUUGGUGACAUUAUGGCCAACUGUUAAUAAAACAAGUGUCAAAAGACCGUUCACAGAUCUGCAGGAUAAUUUGUUUCAAGUGAUGAAUGCUUAUAAGGAUCUGAUGUAUACUGGUCAAACAUUUGAGAAUGAAUCUGAGAUCAGACGAUUAUAUGUUCUUCAUUCUUUGAACCAUGUCAUAAAGAACCGUUCUCGGGUCCUGAAGAACAACAUCCGUCUUGCAAUGGCUGCCAAAGAAGGACGUGAUCUUGGUGACAUUAGGGACCAAGGAUUGACUCGUCCAAAGGUCCUUAUCCUAGUUCCUUUCCGACACUCUGCAUUAAAGAUAGUCUCAUCAAUGAUUAGCAUACUAGUGACUCCUGGAAAGGGUGAAGUGGCUAAUAGGAGAAAGUUUUUUAAGCUUUAUGGUGAAGAUAAAGAGAGCAAGCCUCCAGAUUAUAAGCCAGAUUCUUAUCAUCAGCUGUUUUCUGGUAAUAUCGAUGAUUGUUUCAGGAUUGGUUUAUCUGUCAAGAAAAAUCGUCUCAAACUUUUUACACAAUUCUACUCUAGCGACAUCAUUAUUGCCUCUCCCCUUGGGCUGAGGACCAUCAUUGGGAGCGAGGGAGAGAAACAAAGGGACUACGACUUCCUCUCUUCCCUUGAGAUGGUCAUCGUUGAUCAAACCGACAUAUUCCUAAUGCAAAACUGGGACCAUCUUUUAGAUGUUUUCAAGCACUUGCACUUGCUGCCCUUUGAUGGUCAUGGUGUUGAUUUCUCUCGUAUCCAUGAGUGGUCGUUAAACUGUUGGAGUCAAUAUUACUCUCAGCUCAUCAUGAUCUCCUCAUUUCCAACGCCAGAAAUUAAUUCACUAAUAACGUCACACUCUCGAAAUUACGAAGGGCAAGUUAGGGUACACUCUGCUUCCUGGAAAGGCUCAAUCUGUCAGAUCCUUAAAAGAGUCCCUCAUGUUUUUCACAAUUUGAAAUGCACUAAUCAUCUAGAGCUCCCUGACGUUAGGUUUCAGUAUUUCAUUGAAACGGUACUUCCUCAGCUUUCGGCUAGCAAUAUCAAUCAUGUCUGUAUAUUCAUUCAAUCUUACUUUGAUUUUGUGCGAGUCAGAAAUUUUAUGAAGAGAGAAGAGUACAGCUUUUGUCAUAUAUCAGAAUAUACAAAGAGCUCUAGUGUUUCUCGCUCAAGAUCAUUCUUUGCUCAAGGUAACAAGAAGUUUCUUCUCGUUACUGAAAGGUUUCAUUUUUUCCGGAGAUACCAUAUCAAAGGAAUCCACCAUCUUGUCUUCUAUUCUCUUCCGAAUUAUUGUGAAUUUUAUUCAGAGCUAGUUAAUCAAAUGGAGUGCGUGGAUGAUAAUAAAGUUUUGGCACUGUAUUCAAGAUAUGAUGCACUAUCAAUCCAAAGGAUAAUUGGAACUAGCAGAGCACCCGAGCUUAUCAGCUCAACUGAACCUUUACACACAAUUUCAUUCAACUGAUUAUUUAUUUAAAAGAUUUGUUUAUAUAUUGUCUGAAA